AUGAAAAAAACACAUAAUACCCUUCUGGAACAUAUAAGAAUUUUAAAACUUGUACACAAGAAUGAACCGACCUCAAACCUCAUACCAUACGCGAUUUUAGCAUAUAAUAGUUCUAUUCAUAGUUUAACAAAAUGUAGACCUUUUGAUAUUAUAACAGGACAUUAUGAUCCUAGAGAUCCCACGGACUUAAAUUUAUCAGAAAGACUUAUGCAACAAUAUAUGCAGAACCAUAAAAGUAACAUGCAGACGAUUUACAGUAUAAUACAUGACUCAUCAUUCGCGGAACGUGAAGCUAUCACUUUACGACAUAAUUCUCACAGAGAACCUGAGACAGACUAUGCACCUGACCAAACGGUUUACAUAAAUAAUCCUAUGACUUCUCGACGUAAAGUAGCUCCACGAUACUUAGCUGAUAAAGUGGUAUCCAACCAACCUAUCCAUAUUUACACCUCAAAGAAAAAGUUACCUGUUUCCAAAUCCCGUCUUAAACGGUUACCAAAAAUGAUAAUUUGUUGCAAGACGGGGAAGACUAAAACUUGA